ACAGGCGCCCGAAGCGCGCUGCAGGUGGCAACUUGGAGGUGCCGCCACCGCAGCUGCGGGAGCAGCCCGGGUCUGGCGGCCCCUUCCAGCCUCCAGGAGCUCUUUCCCGCCGCCAAGCCCGAGAUUGGACCUCGGAGAAUUCGAAGGAAAGAGCCCCUGCGGAGGGACCUGUGAGCAGCCCUACCUCUCUCUGCCCUUGCACUACUUUUUUUCUCCAAGGAAGGUUGUGCCUGCUGGCUGCGAACAAGCUCCGGGAGGGGCCCCAAAGGAAGGCUUCGGUGACCCAGACUCGGAAUCCAAGCCGGACCAGGAGGCCGAGCCCCAGGAGGCGGCGGGGGCGCAGGGGCGCGCGGGGGCGCCCGUGCCGGAGCCGCCCAACGAGGAGCAGCAGCAGGCCCUGGAGCAGUUCGCCGCCGCUGCAGCGCACAGCACCCCGGUGCGGAGGGAGGUCACUGACAAGGAACAGGAGUUUGCUGCCAGGGCUGCAAAACAGCUCGAAUAUCAGCAAUUAGAAGACGAUAAACUUUCUCAGAAAUCAUCUAGCAGUAAACUCUCUCGGUCUCCAUUAAAGAUUGUCAAAAAGCCUAAAAGCAUGCAGUGCAAAGUGAUACUUCUAGAUGGAUCAGAAUAUACCUGUGAUGUAGAGAAACGCUCCAGAGGACAAGUGCUGUUUGAUAAAGUGUGUGAACACUUGAACUUGCUAGAGAAAGACUACUUUGGGCUUACCUAUCGAGAUGCUGAAAACCAGAAGAAUUGGUUGGACCCUGCUAAGGAAAUAAAAAAACAGGUUCGAAGUGGUGCUUGGCACUUUUCAUUUAAUGUGAAAUUUUAUCCACCAGACCCUGCCCAACUAUCUGAAGAUAUCACCAGGUACUACCUCUGCUUGCAGUUGCGAGAUGACAUCGUGUCCGGAAGGCUGCCCUGCUCCUUCGUUACCCUGGCCUUGCUGGGCUCCUACACUGUCCAGUCAGAGCUCGGAGACUAUGACCCAGAUGAAUGUGGGAGCGAUUACAUUAGUGAGUUCCGCUUUGCACCAAACCACACUAAAGAACUGGAAGACAAAGUGAUCGAGCUGCACAAGAGCCACAGAGGAAUGACGCCAGCAGAAGCAGAGAUGCAUUUCUUGGAAAAUGCCAAAAAAUUAUCAAUGUAUGGGGUAGAUUUACAUCAUGCUAAGGACUCAGAAGGGGUAGAAAUUAUGUUAGGAGUUUGUGCAAGUGGUCUGUUGAUAUAUCGCGACCGGCUGCGAAUAAACAGAUUUGCCUGGCCCAAGGUUCUAAAGAUUUCAUACAAACGGAACAACUUUUACAUUAAGAUCCGGCCGGGAGAGUUUGAACAAUUUGAAAGCACCAUUGGGUUUAAGCUGCCAAACCAUCGAGCUGCCAAGCGUUUAUGGAAAGUAUGUGUUGAGCAUCAUACAUUUUUCAGACUACUAUUACCAGAAGCACCUCCCAAGAAAUUCCUAACCUUGGGUUCCAAGUUUCGUUAUAGUGGCAGGACACAAGCGCAAACGAGAAGAGCCAGUGCAUUGAUAGAUCGCCCAGCACCUUACUUUGAACGCUCAUCCAGCAAACGUUAUACGAUGUCUCGCAGCUUGGAUGGAGCAUCAGUGAAUGAAAACCAUGAAAUAUACAUGAAGGAUUCUAUGUCUGCUGCAGAGGUUGGUACUGGCCAGUACGCCACAACAAAAGGCAUCUCUCAGACCAACUUGAUCACCACUGUGACUCCGGAGAAGAAGGCUGAGGAGGAGCGGGACGAGGAAGAGGACAAACGGAGGAAGGGGGAAGAAGUCACGCCCGUCUCGGCCAUCCGGCACGAGGGAAAGUCACCUGGGCUUGGCACUGACUCAUGUCCCUUGUCACCCCCAUCCACCCAUUGUGCCCCCACAUCUCCCACAGAGCUCCGUAGGAGGUGUAAGGAGAAUGACUGCAAACUGCCAGGUUACGAGCCGUCCAGAGCUGAGCACCUGCCUGGAGAGCCCGCCUUGGACUCUGAUGGCCCAGGGAGGCCUUACCUAGGGGAUCAAGAUGUGGCUUUUAGCUACAGACAGCAAACUGGGAAGGGGACCACCCUGUUCUCCUUCUCCUUGCAGCUCCCCGAGUCAUUCCCCUCCCUCCUAGAUGAUGAUGGAUACCUCUCUUUCCCCAACCUUUCUGAAACCAACCUCCUGCCCCAGAGCUUGCAGCAUUACCUCCCGAUCCGCUCACCGUCCCUCGUGCCCUGUUUCCUCUUCAUCUUUUUCUUUCUGCUGUCUGCCUCCUUCUCAGUGCCAUACGCUCUCACUCUCUCCUUCCCUCUGGCUCUGUGCCUCUGCUACCUGGAGCCCAAGGCGGCCUCCUUGAGCGCCUCCCUAGACAAUGACCCGAGUGACAGUUCAGAGGAAGAGACUGACAGUGAGCGCACGGACACCGCAGCCGACGGGGAGACCACCGCCACGGAGAAUAGUCUGAUUAAACGAAUAAAGGGUGAAAAUGUGUAUGUCAAACAUAGUAAUCUUAUGUUAGAGGAGCUAGAAAAAACUCAAGAUGACCUGAUGAAACAUCAAACCAACAUUAGCGAACUGAAAAGAACCUUCUUAGAAACCUCAACAGACACUGCCGUAACAAAUGAAUGGGAGAAGAGGCUUUCCACCUCCCCCGUGCGACUGGCCGCCAGGCAGGAGGAUGCCCCCAUGAUCGAACCACUUGUCCCUGAAGAGACCAAAGAAGAAACAGAGAUUUCUGAAAAAGUUAUAUUUUUGCAGCAAGGAAGCGCUCCGUUCCUUGAGUCUCAGCCAAGUGUGAUAAAGAAAAUGCAGGAAGGAGACUCUGCUGACUCUGUGGUUACUUCUCGUCAAAUAAUUUUCCAGAAAACUGUCCCAUCAACCCUAGAGACUAAGCAGUCUUCUGGGGAAAAGCUCAUGGAUGGCUCUGAAAUCUUCAGUUUAUUAGAGUCUGCGCGAAAACCAACAGAAUUCAUAGGAGGGGUUACUUCUGCUUCUCAAAGCUGGGUUCAGAAAAUGGAAACCAAGACGGAGUCCAGUGGAAUAGAGACGGAACCCACUGUGCACCACCUGCCGCUUAGCGCUGAGAAGGUGGUGCAGGAGACCGUGUUGGUGGAGGAGCGGCGUGUGGUGCACACAAGUGGGGAUGCUUCUUACUCGGCGGGAGACAGCGGGGAUGCUGCAGCACAGCCCGCAUUCACAGGCAUUAAAGGGAAAGAGGGCUCUGCCUUGACGGAGGGGGCUAAAGAGGAAGGAGGGGAGGAGGUCGCUAAAGCUGUCCUGGAACAGGAAGAGACAGCCGCUGCUUCCCGUGAGGGACAAGAGGAGCAGAGUGCAGCCAUCUACAUUUCAGAAACUUUGGAACAAAAACCUCAUUUUGAGUCCUCAACGGUGAAGACGGAAACCAUCAGUUUUGGCAGUGUUUCACCGGGAGGAGUAAAGCUAGAAAUUUCCACCAAGGAAGUGCCAGUAGUUCACACCGAAACCAAAACCAUCACAUAUGAAUCAUCACAGGUCGAUCCAGGCACAGAUCUGGAGCCAGGCGUGCUGAUGAGUGCACAGACGAUCACAUCUGAAACCACCAGUACCACCACCACUACGCACAUCACCAAAACUGUGAAAGGGGGCAUUUCAGAGACAAGAAUUGAGAAGCGAAUAGUCAUCACGGGGGAUGCAGACAUUGACCAUGACCAGGCGCUGGCUCAGGCAAUUAAAGAGGCCAAAGAGCAGCACCCUGACAUGUCAGUGACCAAAGUAGUGGUCCAUAAAGAGACAGAGAUCACACCAGAAGAUGGAGAGGAUUGAACAGAGGAAUAACUUAGCUUGCACAUGAAUGCAGUCAUGCAAACCGUUAGGAAAACCAGAGCCUAUAUGGAGUUCCCUCUUCUAACCCAACUGACUUGUAUCUGUCCGUGGAAAAUUUCAGUCCAGAAGAAUUGACCUUGACCGUUAAUAAAGACACUGGCAGAGAGAUCUUCCCAUAAUAAAGCAAUCUGAUUCAGCAUCACUAAACCGAUAAUGCAUGAAGCAACGAUAAAAUUACAAAAGAGCAGCAUUUUUAAUUUUCACAAAAUGUCUCAGUUUUCAGCUAUACCUGCACGUUCAUAACCAACAAUAUAAACCGUGGUCUCAUGUAACACAUAAACAAUUCAUGCCUUUCAUAGUUUAUUAUUAUUAUUAAAGUCUAAACAAAAUUGCAAUUUCUUAGGUAACCUUUUAUUUACAAUAAAUGAAGAUUACCCUCAAAUGCUAGAAGCUGUCUAGGUCCGUCCGGUGUGUCAGAUUUUCCCCAGAUUAGAUGUGCCAAUAACCAAGUUUAUUCAGUAAACAACUUGUACUUGUUUCAUCUGGUUUUAUUACUCUCACCCAUAAACAGUAAUGACUCUCUGACCCUCUGGAAAUAUUUAACGCUUCCAAUCUUGCUUUGUGUAUCUCAUUUAAUUUGUUAUAAGAUAGUACUGAUUUUAGCAUAUUAAUGCGAUUUCUUCCUUGUUGUUUGCUUUGGUCUGUGUUCAAUCCAGAGAGCUUAAAUUGUCAUUAUUUUGGGAAGAAAACCUGUAUUUUUGUUAGUUUACAAUAUUAUGAAAUUUCACUUCAGGAGAAACUGCUGGGCUUCCUGUGGCUUUGUUUUCUUAGUUUCUUUUUCCGUGUAUUUUUUAAUUGAUUUUUCUUCUUUUACUUGAAAAGAAAGUGUUUUAUUUUCAAAUUUGGUCCAUAUUUACAUUCUAGUUCAGAGCCAAGCCUUAAACUGUACAGAAUUUCCACUGUAAUUAAAACUAUUUAGUGUUAGUUAUAAAUAGCCUUCGAAAAGAGAGAUUCUCCAUUACACGAUCACCUGCAUCACAGCCCAUGGUGAAUGUAUGUUUCUGCAUAGCAAAAUAAAAAUGGCAAAUGCACUGAAA